UUUUCAUCUAUGUAGGACAUCACACAACAGCACAGUCCUGUCCCGUAGUUAUGUAGUAAUCUGCUCUCGUCCGUGAACAAUAAUCUGUGGUUGCAAAUAUGUUACGUUAGUAAUCCGUGGUUAGGAUUAGUCAUUAGUGAAAUCAUGGGAAGGUGAUUGAGGUAGGAAAGUUGUUGAUGGAAGAAAUGACGUUUUCCAGUUAUCGGUAAUAAUGGCUUCGUGUUCCGAGGGAAGCAGAAGACCAAGAGGACCAUGUGCAUGGUGUGUCAAUGCUGUAAAAUGGAUUCCAGUGAUAUUUAUUGUGACUAUUAUAAUAUGGUCUUACUAUGCUUAUGUGAUUCAGUUAUGCUCACUGACUGUGACAAACAAUGUAGAAAGAGUUCUGUACCUCAUAGGAUAUCACAUCCUGUUUGCAGUUUUUAUGUGGGCAUAUUGGCAAACAAUUUUCACAGAAAUUGGCAGAGUUCCUGUGAAGUUCAAAAUGCCGAAAGCAGAAUUGGAGAAGUUCGAGCAAGCUGAGAAUGAAGAGGCUCAGAGGCAGAUUUUAGAGCGAUUUGCACAGGAUCUUCCAAUUACAAAUCGUACUGUCACUGGAGCAAUUCGAUACUGUGAAAAAUGUCAGCAUGUUAAACCAGACCGAGCACAUCAUUGCAGUGUGUGUGGAGAAUGUGUUCUCAAAAUGGACCAUCAUUGCCCUUGGGUCAACAAUUGUGUAGCAUUUACAAAUUAUAAAUUCUUCGUUCUGUUUCUGGGAUAUGCUCUCCUGUACUGCCUCUUCAUAGCAUUUACAACACUGUCAUAUUUCAUAAGUUUUUGGAAGGGUGACCUGCAAGGGAUUGGUCGCUUCCACAUUCUUUUUCUGUUCUUCGUUGCAGUCAUGUUUGCAGUUAGUCUUGUCUCUCUGUUCUGCUACCAUUGUUAUCUUGUACUCCGAAAUAGGUCAACAUUAGAGGCCUUCAGGGCACCCAUAUUUCGUACUGGUGCAGAUAAAGAUGGGUUUAGUUUAGGGAAGUACAACAAUUUCCAAGAAGUCUUUGGAGAUGAUAGAAAAACAUGGUUUUUACCUAUUUUUACAAGGUAUUAUCUAGUAGUGGUUGCUAUUCACAAAGUCAGCACUUAGCAGUGGAUCUAUACACCACAAUACAUAGGUCUUCCAUGUGGUCCUCUCCCUUCAGAUUCUUCAACUAAGAAAAAAAACUAUUUUUCUACCUUUCCCAUGAUCUGAUUUGGUCACCCUAAUAGUGAAGAAGAUGAACUGAGGCUUCUGAUUAGGGAGUUUUCUCCAUUGUACUAUUACGUCCUCUCUCUUAGAUAUGAAUAUUGGCCUAACCACUUUGUUCUCAGACAUCAGCAGUCUGUGUUCUUGUAAUUACAUUAUUAUAAGUGAUGAAACUGCUGAUGAAAAAAAUGGUAAUGUUACUGUGUCUUCAUGAAUGUGGCACGUGGUUUCUCAUUGGGGAUGUGAAUCGUACACAUUUAGCAGGAGUAAGAUUAUUAUUAUUAUUACAGUCAUAUCCUCUAUUUUUAUAUGCUAAGUCAACAGCUGCAGGAGUUAUUUUCAGAUUAUAGCGCACUCAAACAAAAAAUGAAGCAAAACAGUACAGAGGCAUGGAAUGUACACAGAUAUGUAAGGUAUUCUGCUAUGUAGUAUAUGCAGGACAAGCAUAACUUCAUAAUAACACAGAAUGUCACAAAGUAUUAUAACUACCAGUUAGCUGGAUUGAUCAAAAGACUGACAUUAGGAAAUAAUUGUCAAAUAUACCGAUGAUGUUACAUAUUUCAUUUGUGACAAAAGCUCAGCAAACAGAAAGACAUCAUUAUGUGAAAAAAAGUAUAAAAUGCCUUAAAAAGUCUUCUGUUCCUGACUGAACUGUGAUGCCAGCAGUUUCUAAAAGCAAAGGGACAUGUAAUACACAAUGAUAAAAUGAUAACAGUAAUAAUGAUAAUUGUGUUUUGUUCUGAAUAUCAUAGUUGAUGAAUAGUACACAUUUUAUUUUAGUGUGCUAAUAUGGAGUUUGUUGAACGUAACUAAAGUUGAACACUACUGUCUUCUGAGGUGUGAUGCCAUGUCAUCUGGUAGAUCAUUAAGAGUGUUUUUGGAGGAAUGUCUUGCCUUAGUUUCCACUCUUCUGCCCUUCAGAUGAGGUGGCAGAUACCGCCAAAAUAUUGGUAUCUACCAGAUUACAUAGGAUCACAUCCAAGAAGGCAGUACUCUUCACAGUUAUGCCAUGAGAGAAGUUAAAUUAAGACUAUUUCAAUAUGAAACGGGCGAAUAAAAGGGUAUUAUGGAUUGCCUUAUUAAAUGUUAUCAUUGUAAAAGUUGUUAAGGAGGAGUCUGUUAUGUUUGUUUAUGUUUUCUUUUUAAUUUCAGUUUUGGAAUGUUUUGUGAAGUAGUUAAAUGUGUUGGUUUGGAAAAUUAGUUGGUGAUUACAGUGGAGUCUCUGUAUGUUGUUGUUUUAAUAUAUUGUACAUUGUUUUGGAGUUAAAU